UGAGAAGGAAUUACUCUUCGCAUGUAGUACAGUUGUAGUACGUGGGAAGGUCGCUCAGCGUCGCUGUGGUCGCCGGAAAAUCAUUACCUGAUCCAACAACCAGGAAAUAUACUGUAUGAAGAAGAAGAGAAGACGCAGCAGCAGAAGCAGGAAGGAAGGGUCGGGGGGUAGUUGCUGCUGUACACGCAUCGGUGUCCGGGGCACCGGGGCCGCGAUCGCGGAGGUGAUGUCUGAAGUUUUAGGCCCACGUGUUCCUGACUUUUGGCUUUACCGGUGUCUGCGAAGAUUCAGUGGAUUCCUGGCACAUGUCCUAGCAGUUGGGUUCACUAUCUUCUUACUGAUACUUGCUCGGCCUGGCACAAGCCUCUUCUCAUGGCAUCCUGUCUUCAUGGCUGCUGCUUUUUGCCUAUGUAUGACUGAAGCGGUAUUACUGUUGUCUCCAGAAACCUCCCCCAUCUGCCCCAUUUCCCGAAAGUGGAAGACUCGCCUGCAUUGGGUUAUACAGCUGUGUGUGCCUGGUUUGGCAGGAGCAGGUCUAAUCUUUAUUAUAUGCAGCAAGAACCUCAUGGAGCAGGCACAUCUAACUUCUUGGCACAGCAUCCUUGGGGUGCUUACCUUGGUAUCCACAAGUUGUCAGGCUGGGUGCGGACUUGCAUUGCUCUGCCCGCGGCUGGCCCGGGUAACUGCAGUAUCAAGACUAAAAUUAUACCAUGCCACUUGCGGCCUCUUGGUAUACCUGCUGGCGACAACUACUGUACUCUCAGCUUUGUACUCUGAGUGGUUUCAGGCACAGAUUAAGGGACCAGCAUGGUAUAUUUGCCUUGCAUUACCUCUCUAUCCUGCAUUGGUAAUCAUGAACCAAGUUCUGGAUAUAUACUUACCAAAGAAGAAGGGUCAAAUAUAAGCAGCAAAUGUGCCCCAAGUUACAUGGCUGAGACAAAUAAUGACAUAGUGAGACAACACUCAAGAGGCCUCCUGUCUGUUAGUCUUUCUAAUGUUUUACGUUUUCCCUACAAUACUGUAAAAGUCGGAGGUAUGUGAAAAAAAGUGGAUUGCUGUAUAAUUGGCAGCUCCUCACCUUCCUCCUGCAGCUCCCAUUAUACUUAUGAAAGCUCUAUGACUUAGGGACAUAUUUGUUCAUUGUCUGACCUGAGGCCUGAUUAUGAUAAUUUCUUAUCAACACUAUUUGUAGCAAUAAGAAAUGACAAUUCGCCCAAACGUAAUACAAUACACCUGCAGGGACAGGUGCUCUGUGCUGUGUAAGUAGUGAAGGGAUCGCAUUUGCAAUCCUAUCACUACUUUUUCGGGAGCAGUGUGCACUACUGUGCAUUCAUGGUCUGCUGACCACUCAUGCACAGGUGGUGAGUGCCAGGGAGGGAACCUGUCCGGUAGCUUACGUGAAAUGUAGCCCAUAGGCUACAACGGGCUAACAUCAUCUGCAGAUGGAACAUUCCAGUGCUUGGUAAAUGUGACUAAAAAGCAAUCCCCAUAAAACCCUGUGGGGGUUGCUCUUCUGCAAGCGAAAACGGGGGAUUGCUGCAAAUACUAUUGUCUGUUUUUGCUGACAUUAUUAGAUACUUUCAUUUUUCAUUCAGUCUCUUUGAUCUCUCUCUGUAUGUACAGUAU